AAAUUUCUCCGGCUGUUUGCUAUCGCAACCGACUAAAUCUAGCCGGCAAACGGCUGAAUGGCAACACUGUUGGCAAGUUACUAGAUAUUUCUUGCUGGAGAAUACGAAACACAACUUAUGUCUUACUAUGUACUGGAAUAAACUAAAAAAUAUUAAUAAUUAAUAACUCAGCACAAUAAAAAAGAUUACUGAUUGAUAAUUUUUCUGAACCAAAGUACUCUUGUGUAUACGUAGAACCGACUUUCUUUCAUUUCCGACGGAUGUAACCACUUUGUAAAAGCAUCGGUACGCUUACGAGCAGGAAUGGAAGGAAAAGUUUCGGCUAUUUAUGUAUUUGUAUCCCUGCUAUUAGUUCGUCGCUAACGCUUAGCAAAAGUAUAGAUUCGUCGGAUGAAAUAAUUAUAUCUAUACAAAGAUCAUUAAAUACAAAUAGCGUGAACCCUUGACAAACUUUGUUAAUGCUUGCAAAUUCGGAAAAGAAUAGUACAGCAUCACAGAGCUCUGAUAAUGGUAAUCUAGCUAAUUCAUAUACAAAACUGACAAAAACAUAUAUGCGGUAAGAAAUGCUACAACAAAGGCCGCUGAACGCAAGCGGCUUCUUAUUGCUGAUCAUUAUGUUCGCAGAUAUGUCAGAUAAAGGUUGUGUCAACGCAAUUUACAAAGGAGAAGAAUGUGUCGCACCUGGAGCAGAAUCGUCCACGCAAUGUGGAAUAGAGGAAUUCUCCCACAAGGAUAUUGCUCGCUAUGAUCACUAUCGUGUCUACAAUGUUGCGUUGGAUACAGAUCAGCACGUCGAUCUGUUCCAAAAGCUGGAACAGCAAAGUGAUAGCUUGACUUUCAUGGGACACUCCCGUGAAGUUGGCCAAAAGUUGACUAUUUUGGUAGCGGCUCACAAAGUGGCCGAUUUUGCAGAUUUGCUCAAGACAUAUGCAGUUAAUCAUCGUAUCUUGACAUAUAACUUCCAGGAGAAAAUUGACCGCAACAUGAAAGAAGUUUUGCCUGCUGCUACCGCCGGCUCUUUAUUCGAUUGGCAUCACUUCUUCCAUUUGAAAACUAUUUAUGCAUGGUUAGAGUAUAUGGUAUCUCAGUAUCCUAAAGACUUAUCUCUAAUAGACAUGGGCAAUAGUACACAGGGAGUUCCCAUUAAGGGACUAAAGCUAUCACGAAACGAUUCCAACAAGUCAAUUUUUAUAGAAAGUGGUAUUCAUGCGCGCGAAUGGAUUGCACCCGCUGCAGCUACCUUUCUCAUUAACGAGCUGUUGACCGCUAAAGAAGAGGCAGUGCAGAAAUUGGCAAACGAGUACAAUUGGAUUAUAUUUCCUUGUGUUAAUCCAGAUGGGUAUAAAUACACUUUUGAACAUGACCGGAUGUGGCGCAAGAAUCGUAAAUUAUUUGGCACUUGCCGAGGCGUUGAUUUGAAUCGUAACUAUCCUGACCACUGGAAUACUACUGGCGCAAGUGGAGAUCCAUGUCGCUACGAUUACUCUGGUCCAAGUGAAGGUAGUGAAAUUGAAACUAUGCGUUUAACAGAAUUUCUUCGGGCAAAUGUGGAAAAGGAGCAAAUAAGGGCAUAUAUAGCUUUACAUUCCUACUCGCAAAUGAUCAUGUUUCCUUACGGGUAUACCAAAGAACGUGUAGCAAACUAUGAUGAUUUACAACAGUUUGGCCGCGACGCAGUCGGGCGUAUACGUGAAUUAACUGGUCGUAAUUACACAAGUGGCAGUUUGAUUGAAACUAUUUAUCCCUCGAGUGGUGGCAGCAUGGAUUGGGCAUACAGUAAAAUGAAAGUACCAAUAGCAUACACUUUCGAGUUGCGUGGGCCCCCAGACAGUUCGGAUAUGUUCAUACUACCAUCUGACGAGAUUAUGCCCACGGCUCAAGAAGCGUUUGCUGCUAUUAGGAGCAUCAUAGAAGGUGCCACUGAAAAGGGAUACUUUAAGUAAUCUCUAAAGGUGGGUUAUAGCAGUAAAGUAUAAUCAAGGUGGUGUUGCUAAAUCAGUCGCGGAUCUAUCCCUUGUCUGAUGAUACCCCCCCAAAAGGUUUCGUAAUACGUUAAAAAAUUUAAUUACUGAAAAUUUUAAUAAAGAUUAAUAUUCUGUUAAC